ACAACAUUUUGACGUUGUUAUUAAAAUAAUAAAAAUAAAAAUAAAAAUCUCAGUAUUUUCAAUUUCAUCUUCUCUUUAAAGUUUUUACCCUCCAAAGCAUUUGAAAACCCCAAGAAAGAGACCCUCCUUGAUGAACUAAACUUUGAUUCUUCUUCAUCAAAAACCAAAUCCCGAUUUCCUUUUUUUUUUUUCUCUUAUUCUUUUAAUAUAUCUCUCAAAACUAAUGCCUGCAUUUUCUCUCCCUCUUCUUUUUAUUCUCACUUCGUUCUCCUUCUCCAUUUCCAUUUCCCCCCUCCUUUAUUAAACUCAGUUAAAAUAUACACAUAUAUAUAUUACUAAAUUUGUUAUUGUAUAGACUUAUGCUUGAUUUUGAACGGUCGUUGUGCGGCUGCAUGAUUCAAUCGUGGGAAGGGUGAUGUCAAUCUGGGUUUUGGUUUUAAUUUGUAGUAUGGGUACUUUGUCAGAUACCAAAACAAAAGGAAAUCUUAAAUUUUGGUGUUUUUCUUUUUAUCCGAUGCGUUCCAUUCACUGUCCAUUUGCUCCCCCAGUAGAUCUGUUUUGCUAGGUAUGUUCGAUCCACUGGUUUAUUCAUGCAUCAACUCCCACUCUUUAAGGUCAGAUCGUCACAUUUUUCUCUCUUUUCUACUCUUUGCCUUUUAUGCCAAUAAUUAUACCUUUUUCAGUUCGGAUUUUCUAGGAAAGGCUUGGGUUUCUGUUAAUUUUGGCUGCCAAGUUUCUGAUUUUUAGGAUGCUAAGUUAUCUGAAUAGUGAUAGGGUGGUUAAGGGGUUUAUUGGGUUUUGGGGUUUUGGUUUGAGUUCUUUUGUUUUGCAUUUGCUUUUGGUGCAAAGUCAUAGAAAUCCUCCCAAUCAGAGGUUUGGUCUUUAGGGGGUUCCCCAAUAUAGAAGAGAGAAAUGGGUAAUGGGACUUCUCGUGUUGUUGGUUGCUUUGUGCCGUUUAAUGGAAAAAGCGGAGUUGAUUUAGAUUUUCUAGAGCCCUUGGAUGAAGGCUUAGGCCAUUCAUUUUGUUAUGUUAGGCCUCCGAUUUUUGACUCUCCUGCCAUUACUCCAUCAAACUCGGAGAGGUUUACCGUUGAUUCAAGUACCCUUGAUUCUGAGACGUUGAGUGGGUCAUUUAGACAUGAAACCAUAGAGGAUUCCUUAGGACUACAAAGACAGAGUAAGAGUUUUCCAGAAACUACAUUUAAGACCAUCUCUGGUGCAUCUGUUAGCGCGAAUGUUUCUACAGCUAGAACUGGUAACCAGAUCGCAAUGUUUGCUACUGAUGUCCAAGAGCCUGCUGCAUCAUUUGAGAGCACCUCCUCUUUUGCUGCAAUCCCUUUGCAGCCAGUUCCUCGUGGUUCUGGUCCUCUGAACAGCUUUAUGUCUGGACCUCUUGAGAGAGGGUUUGCUUCAGGGCCUCUUGAUAGGGGAGGUGGUUUUAUGUCUGGACCAAUUGAGAAGGGUGUGAUGUCUGGCCCCCUUGAUACUGCUGAUAAAUCCAAUUUCUCUGCGCCACUUACACGUGGUUGUAGAAGACCCCAUUUCCAGCGAUUUAUGAGAAGUGUUAGCGGACCAAUGAAAAGGACCUUUUCAAAGCAUUCUAUGGGGUCUGGUUGGAUGCAAAGAUUCUUGCUGCACCCACUAACUCGAUUGGCAUGGCAUGCUAAGGAGCCCAAGCUUCGAUCAGAACCCUCUCGGAAUUGUCUUGAAGGGGGGCCAUCUGAAGGGGAAUACGGGAGCAGUCGAAACUUGCAAUGGGCUCAUGGAAAGGCUGGUGAAGAUAGGGUUCAUGUUGUGCUUUCAGAAGAGCAAGGAUGGCUGUUUAUUGGGAUAUAUGAUGGUUUUAGUGGUCCUGAUGCUCCGGAUUUUCUGAUGAGCCAUCUUUAUAAAGCCAUAGACAAGGAAUUGGAAGGGCUGCUCUGGGAUUAUGAAGAUAAAUCUAGAUUUGAUCCAUUAAAACCUGAAAUAUCUACGAGUAGAAACCCUCAUGCCAGUUUUGAGUGCAGCAAAGAAAAUCAGUCAAAUUCUUGUUCAGAUCAAGAAAUAUUGUCUAGCAUAGGAGAAUUGCUUAAUCAAGAAAAUACUAAGGGUCAGUCUUCUAAUAAUGAGAUAGUUGAGGAAAAUGAUGAUGUGAGGGACAAGAAGGAACAGGAUUUAUCUAAGUGUAGAAAGUCCACUUUAGGGGCUGAAUGUGAAUGUGACUCUUUUCCACAUGCAAACUUAGCUGGUCAAGGCAGGAAAAGCAUGCGGCUGUAUGAGUUACUUCAGAUGGAGCCAUGGGAUGGUCAAGGUUCUUUGUCAAUCUCACAAAUGGAUAGACAAGGAAAAAGUUCUUGCAAUUUUCAACCGCUUUCAGAUAAUUUAGAAUGCAUCAACCCAUCAAAUUUCAAAGAUGAUAGGUCUAACAUACAAGGUGAAGAUCCUACUACUUCAGGAGAAGAUAUUGGGGUUGGGCUUGAUUUUGAUAAUCAAGGUGCUGCAACUGCUGCUACCAUGUCAGGGCAAAGGCAUAAUACACGAAAAUCCUUGAUUGGUUCAAAGAUACGGAAAGUAUAUCGGAAGCAGAAGUCAUUACGGAAGAAGCUUUUUCCUUGGAGCUAUGAUUGGCACAGAGAAGAGAUUUGUGUGGAUGAGAGAAUAGUUGAAUCUUCAGGACCUAUUAGGAGGCGCAAGUCUGGAGUUGUUGACCAUGAUGCUGUGUUGAGAGCAAUGGCUCGGGCGCUCGAAAGUACUGAAGAAGCUUAUAUGGAAAUGGUGGAAAAGGCUCUUGACAUAAAUCCAGAGCUUGCUUUGAUGGGAUCAUGUGUUCUAGUGAUGUUAAUGAAGGACCAGGAUGUAUAUGUCAUGAACCUUGGGGAUAGCCGUGUGAUUUUGGCACAGGAAAGACCAAAUGAUCGCCAUCCAAAUCCAAAUUCUGUGAAGGAUGAUUUAAAGUAUAGAAACAGAUCUAGAGAGUUGCUAGCGCGUAUGGAACUGGACAGAAUAUCAGAGGAGUCUCCUAUGCAUAACCAACACGGUCAAGUUAGCAUACUGAAUAAGAACAGAGACAUCUCUAUCUGCAGAUUGAAGAUGAAGGCGCUCCAACUUUCCACUGACCACAGCACAAGUAUUGAAGAGGAAAUCUUAAGAAUACAGGCGGAACACCCUGAUGAUGACAAAGCCAUUUCAAAUGAUAGGGUGAAGGGGCAAUUGAAAGUCACUAGGGCAUUUGGUGCUGGUUUCCUGAAGAAGCCAGCUUGUAAUGAAGCUCUGCUAGAGAUGUUUCAAAUUGAUUAUGUGGGAAAUGCUCCUUAUGUUAGCUGCAUCCCGUCUGUUGUUCACCAUCGGCUCUCCCCUAGUGACCGAUUCUUGGUACUAUCAUCUGAUGGACUUUACCAGUAUUUCAGCAAUGAAGAGGUUGUUGCCCAUGUCACAUGGUUCAUGGAAAAUGUUCCUGAAGGUGAUCCUGCACAAUACCUUGUUGCAGAGCUUCUGUUCCGUGCUGCAAAAAAGAAUGGAAUGGAUUUUCAUGAAUUGCUCGACAUACCUCAUGGAGAUCGGCGUAAAUAUCAUGAUGAUGUUUCUGUUAUGGUUGUUUCUUUGGAGGGAAGAAUUUGGAGGUCUUCUGGAUGAUUUUUUUUCUUCUUUUCUAUCCCUUUUUAUUUUGGAUCACCGUUUGACUACUUUUUUCAAGCAAGGGUUGAAAUCAAUGAUGCAUUACAGAAAUGAAUGAGAAUCCUAGUCUCACCAUUUUCAGAAA